UUUUGAUAGUUUGGGAGUAGUUCUCGAGCCGAGUCAUUUACAUUACUAAGAGCUAGGUUGCGCGAUUUUAGAACGAGAAUAUCGAAGUGAUGGUUAAUUUCAUUUCCCAUAAGAAAAUGCGUGGGAAUUAGAUGCACAGAGGGGCAGAGACGUCAGUCUCUCGUCCAUUUGGUUUCUAGGCCAAGAGAGUGGUUCUUCGCUGCAUUGGAGUUGACGUGCUAGUAGACACAAAAUACUAUGGUAAAGUGAACCUGUGAACCACGACAAUCUACUUCAGACCCAUUGAUUAAGAGCAUGACGACCAACCAAUAACGUUUGGUAAGUUUGUGAAUCUUCUUUCUUCAAGGGAUGUAAACUUACAUCGACAUCAAAGAAGCCCUUGAUUGACCUUGGAAUUUCACUUCCAGAUAAGAUCCAUGGAGCCAUGUCUGUUUGGAAUCAAAUCGUAUUUGGCUGGGGGUGUUUGGUUUGGGUCAAAAUGGCCCAAUGCGGGUACCAAGUUGGCGUUGGAAUUGGCGACACUACGGGGCCGGUUGUCGGCAUUGGCAUGAUGGGAUACGCCAAGGCUGGCCAGACCACACAAGGAAUUCACACGAGGCUUUUCGCUCGAGCAUUCUUUUUCCAAGAGGAGGCCGGUUCAAUGGCGGUGUUUGUCUCCGUGGAUUCAGGCAUGAUUGGCCAGUUGAUGAAAUAUGAGGUAAUAGCUAAAGUACGCAAGAUCACAGGUCUCGAACUACGCCAUGACAAUCUACUGCUUUCGGCCACUCAUACCCAUUCUGGACCCAGUGGAUACUUUCAGUAUGUGCUCUUCACUGUUGGGGGAGGAUCCGGGUUUGUAGAGCAAAGCUUUCAAGCCAUAGUAAACGGCAUUACUACGGCAAUCGUUAGAGCCUAUGAGACAAAGCAACCAGCCAAGUUGUUCUUGGCCCAAUCUGAGCUCACUGACUCCAGUAUAAAUCGGAGUCCCAGCUCUUAUCUAAGAAACCCAGAGGAAGAACGCCAAAGGUAUUCUGGAAACACAGACUAUUCCUUCACUCAAUUGAAUAUAAUGCGCGAAUCCGCAAAUGAACUGAUUGGAGUAAUCAAUUGGUUCGCUGUGCACGCCACGUCCAUGAAUAACUCCAAUCAUUUGAUCUCUGGAGACAACAAAGGAUUGGCUAGUCUCAUUUUGGAGCGGAAUCAGAACCCUCCAGGGACCACUUCUGGCAAAGGUCCAUUUGUGGCAGCCUUUGCUUCCAGUAAUUUGGGAGAUGUGUCUCCCAACCUACAAGGGCCUCGUUGCGGAGGAACAGGGUUGCCAUGUGAUCAACCCAAAGCCAAGUGUUGCCGACCAGACGAGGACUGCAUCGCCUUUGGUCCAGGUUCUGACAUGUUUGAUUCCACGUAUAUCAUCGCCCAAUGUCAGGUCACCAAAGCUAAAGAACUUUUGGCUAGUGUCGAUAUGGAAAUCAAAGGUGGCAUAGCCAGUGCCCAUCAAUGGAUUGAUAUGACAAAUCAAAGGGUAACUUUACCGGACGGGUCCACGCACACCACUUGUAAACCAGCUUUGGGCUAUGGUUUUGCAUCGGGGACCACGGAUGGCCCCGGAGAACCUGCUUUCAUAAGGUGUAGGGGUCCUAAUAAUAACAUGUGGAACCAGAUCACGAAAUUGAUCACCAAUCCAUCACCAAGGCAGAAAAGGUGCCAUUAUCCCAAGAAAAUAUUGCUCAAUACCGGUGAAAUGAAGAUCCCUAGCAAAUGGCAUCCCGAAAAAGUGGACACUCAGAUUCUGAAGAUUGGCCAAUUGGUGAUUGCUGCUGUUCCAGGUGAAUUCACAACGAUGGCUGGACGGCGCUUGCGCGAGUCGAUCAUUGCCUCUGCAUAUCCUGACAACGUGGAAGUGGUAAUUGCGGGAUUGUCCAAUGUGUACACCCAUUAUGUCACCACGUACGAAGAAUACCAAAACCAGAGAUAUGAAGGGGCCUCAACCAUAUAUGGGCCUCAUACCCUUCGUGCAUAUCAACAACAAUACUCCUACCUCAUGGAAAAAAUGUCCAAGAGAGAACAUGUGCCGUAUUUGAAGAGACCGCCCAAUUACAAAGCCAAACAGAUCCGCCUUGACAGGGGCAUGUAUUGGGACAUGAUUCCUCCAACCAAAGAGGCUGGAGAGUGUGUUCAAAAGCCUCCCAAAUUUGCUUAUCCUGGCGACACUGUCAUCGUCAAGUUUGUGGCUGGGCAUCCAAGGAACGAUCUGAUGCUAGAACAAACGUUCCUCAAAGUGGAGCAUCAGCAAUCACCCAACAACUGGGUGGUCAUGGCCACCGACACCGAUAUUGAGACCAAGUUUAUUUGGAAACGUAAAUGCUUGGUUUGCGAAGGGAUCGCCGAAAUCCAUUGGAAAAUACCGUACAAAAUCCCCAAAGGUACAUUCCGCAUCACGCAUCAAGGACACACGAAAGGAGCCUCGUUGAAACCCAUCUUGCUCUCAUAUCGUGGAGUUUGUCCCAAUUUUCAGGUUGUUCACGGCCGAAGAAUGUCCAAUGCCGAAGAACCCUCCCGAGUCCAAAACCUCCGUCCAACCUCGGAAAUCUCUUGGAGUUCCAUGUCAUGGCGUGGAUUCAUCACAAAGAUUGGAAAAUUCCUCAAUGUUCAAAUGAAAUCUCUUUUGUAGUGAUGUGUCACCUCAUCUUUUAUUCAUUUUAUUACAAGAACGUAUCAGUUAAGGCAUCAUAUCUAAGAA